UCAACAUAGCAGAAUUGGAAUAUUUAAUAAAAUUGCGUUUAUUUUGUUAAUUAUAAUCUAAAUAACAUUGACAUAUUUCGUGUCGUAAGUUUAUUAUCAUCUGCCAUGCGGUCAAAAUGAAAAUAUAAACAAAAGGAGUAAGAAAUCAUGAGCUUUAAUUUGACUGAUUAAAUCUCAAUUAAUGAUUAGAAGAUCUUUGUAUGUGUGCAAGAGAUAGUGAAAGGAGUUCAUGACGUGUUUGCAAUGAUGCUCCAAAAGGCACGGCGUAUUCUUUGUUCUAUUUAAUCCGGACAAAUUAUGGUCGAUGAGGUCAUUUAGAUAUUUACUUUCAGACCGUAAAUAAAAAGUGAAGACACUACUCGUUGGACAGACCUUUAUUGUGGAUAAAGACAUAUAGAUGCUAUACACUUUUAUUGGAUAUUAUAUUGGAAGUACACAUUGACAAUUUAGGAGUACUAGAAACCAGCCACAACCAUGCCACCCCAGGUGAUGCCAGAGGAACAAAUGGCGGAUGCUGCCGCUGCUGUCUCAUCAUUGUCGAUCAUGGAUUCCUCCAGAUUAUCAACUUUUGUUAUUUCCAUUUUACUGAUUGUGUAUGGAAGCUUUAGAUCUCUAAAUAUGGAGAAGGAAAAUGUAGAGCGAGAAAGAGAGAAAGAUAAAGACAGUUUUAUAGGAAAUACUUCAGCAGAAAAUGAGAGUAAUAUGCAGACCAUAGAUACAUGUCAGGCGGCAUUUUUACCGAUAGGAGCCUCAGUUUCACUUCUGAUCAUGUUCUUUUUCUUCGAUUCAUUACAGAUGGUCUUUGCAAUUUGUACUGCAGUGUUGGCGACUGUUGCCUUUGCCUUUUUGUUGUUGCCUAUGUGUCAGUAUAUUAUCAAACCCUGCUCUACAGGCCAAAAAAUAUCAUUUGGAGUAUGUGGCAGAUUUACAGCAGCAGAAAUAAUGUCAUUUUGUUUGUCCUUUUUUAUUGUGUGUAUAUGGGUAUUGACUGGUCACUGGCUCCUUAUGGAUGCUCUAGGCAUGGGACUAUGUGUAGCCUUUAUAGCACUAGUACGUCUACCAAGUUUAAAAGUAUCAACUUUGUUGUUAGUAGGAUUAUUAAUUUAUGAUGUAUUCUGGGUAUUCUUCUCUUCCUAUAUAUUUAGUGCCAAUGUUAUGGUUAAAGUAGCAACCAGACCUGCAGAAAAUCCUGUUGGAAUGUUUGCCAAAAAGUUACAUUUAACUGGUCUCGUCAGAGAUGCUCCUAAACUAUCACUGCCAGGAAAAUUAGUGUUUCCAAGUAUGCAGAACUCGAGCCAUUUUUCCAUGUUAGGACUAGGUGAUAUAGUAAUGCCAGGCCUGUUGUUAUGUUUUGUUUUACGUUAUGAUGCUUACAAAAAAGCACAGAUGAUUUCCGUAGAAACAGGAGUUCCCCCACCCCCUACUAUGGUACAGCGGCUUACAUACUUCCAUUGUUCACUGGUGGGAUAUUUUCUAGGUUUAUUAACAGCGACUGUGUCCUCAGAGGUAUUUAAAGCAGCACAACCAGCAUUAUUAUAUUUAGUUCCAUUUACAUUGUUACCCUUGCUAACCAUGGCGUAUCUAAAGGGAGAUCUAAGAAGAAUGUGGCAUGAACCUUUCUUAGCGCAUACAACACCAAAAGACGUUGAUGUUUAAAACAUAGACUGCCAAAAAAACACAUGGCAGAAAACACUUUAUUUAUGUAGGCAUUUGAACAGUGGUAAUACAUUGGCCAGAAAUUAAUAAAACUGUGGAAUAGACCAUUUUAUUUAUGUGGGCAUUUUGACAGCGGAACUUCAAGGGCCAAAGAUAAAUAAAUCUGUGGAAUAGACCAUUUUAUUUAUGUAGGCAUUUUUACAGUGGAACUGCAAAUGCCAAACUUGAAUAAAUUUAUGGAAAGACCGAAUUAUUUAUGUACAUGAUGUAGGUGUUUGGACUAUGGUACUGCAUGGUCUAAAAAUAAAUUAAAAUGACAUUCUAUACCAGAUUGGAAAUUUCACACAUUAUUCAGU